GUGUAUGACGUGUGUUGUGACAGUUCCGCGAUCAGUCGGACGCUUGACGUUUCGUAACGUUUGUGUAACAGAAUUACAGUGAAUUUUCCCAUUUUUCAUCCAUAUUGAACAAUAAAUAACAGAAAAAUGGAGAGAAACGAACGUAAAACUAACUCUCGUGCCCACUCUAUAACAAUAGACCGUGAUUCCAAGUUUAUAUUGCGAAAAGUUCUUAUGGAUUUCGCGAUACUUUUUGUCGUUGGCUUCCUAAUCCUAGUGUACUUCCUAUGGGGGACGCCAUACAAACGUGGCUUCUUCUGCGAUGAUGAAUCUCUAAAGCAUCCCUACAAAGACUCCACUGUCACAAACUUGAUGCUGUACAUCAUCGGCAUCGGUCUCCCUGUGUUUACGAUGUGCCUCACGGAAUGGAUCCGGCUUCGAGACUACAAGGGCGGCCGUUCGCGAGUAAUCCUCGGGUACGAAGUACCAGCAUGGGUCUGGGAAGUAUACCGUGUUGUCGGUGUGUUCCUCUUCGGAUGCGCCUGCCAGCAACUGACCACCGAUGUCGCCAAGUACACCAUAGGGAGGCUGAGGCCACAUUUCUUUGAUGUAUGUAAACCGGAUAUCGACUGCACACUGCCGGAGAACAAGUGGCGGUAUAUAGAGCAUUUCAAUUGUCUCGGCACUGAGAACAAGCUGAUGAAGGAGAUGCGUCUGUCGUUCCCGAGUGGGCACUCUUCCUUCUCCGCGUACACUAUGUUUUAUUUCGCGUUCUAUCUACAUAAAAGAUUCACAUGGCGUGGAUCGAAGCUACUGCGUCACGGUAUCCAAUUCUUGUUGAUCAUGCUGGCCUGGUAUACUGUAAUGACGCGAGUUUCAGACUACAAGCAUCAUUGGAGCGAUGUGCUUGCCGGUUUUAGUAUCGGAUUACUCUAUGCUGUUAUUAUUUUCACAUUCGUCUCCGACCUGCGCAAAACUCCAAGGCGACCUUCAGCCAACCACCACGACAACGAGCUCACCACCAACGGCAACACCCGUUCAGCCGCCAGUUGGAAUGUCUGACACUCUCCCGAGUCUCACAGCUCAAUGAGCGAAGAGGGCCCAUGACCCCCGAACGUGUCGUGGAUCUCCCAUGAAUAUAUGGACCUAUGAACUCUCGCGAUAUGAGAGUUUUCAGUGUAUAUAUUGUAUCUCUUUUUUUUAAGACUGUGUGGUUCGAUAGUUGAACUCUGUUUAUGAGAUCCUGGUCUGUGCUUGGAAAAUACUGUGUAAAAGUUAUGAUAUAAGCGUAUUAUCGUCGAUAGUCUUAUUUCGGGUAAAUUACAUACUUAAAUA